AUGUUGACGUCGACGCCGAUGCCGAUUGCCGAUGCCAAUGACGAUGACGAUGACGAUGACGAAGACGCUUUUACUGACGUUGAUGCUGCUGGUGUAUGAUG